AUGGCACCCAAGAAAGAGAAAGGCGGGACUGUGAGCAACAGUUCUAAGAUAUGGGAACCCUCGAUCAUCGGUGCACACUUCAAUCAGAAUGAUUGGAAGGGUUCUGUCACUUUUAUAGUUGGAAACCGGAUUGAGGACGAUCUUCUCAUCAGAGCUCUCACCCUUGCUGUCCAGGUCCCUCAGCGGAAAUUGUUCAGUAUCGUGUCCUGGCAAGACAUUCUCCAGCAGAUCAAUGAAUCAAAUGCAUUUCUUGGAACUUCAUCUAAAAAGGCAAAGAAACCUCUAGGCGGUAGUGCUCCCUUAUAUCAUGAGGUGUUAAUAGCAGCAAAGGCAAUUAUGGACAGCGGAGAGAAAUUAACUCUACCACUGAUAGGGAAACUCUUGAAAUUUCAGCUUCUCCAAGUUAAAGUGAAGGACCAGCAGCGACGGGAAAAUGAAAAGAAGGUAAUAGAAGAUAGAUUCAAGAUAGAAAAGGAUAAAGGGAAAGCAAAACCUCCCAAGGAGAAGAAGACCUCAGGUGUAAAGGUUGCCAAAGGAAAGGGAAAAGAUCAGCCUGAGGCAAACACAACAGUGAAAAAGACCACGCAGUUAAAACGGAGGGGAGAAGACGAUGAUACUAAACACUACAUCGAUGAUGAGCCAGAUGAUGGUGCCCAGCAUUACAUUAUAGUCGUGGGCUUCAACAAUCCUCAGCUAUUCGCGAUUAUGACUGAGCUUGGCAUUCCCAUAAGCAGCGUGAUUAAAAUAUCUUCAGAGAAUUAUGAACCUUUGCAGACACACCUGGCAACACUUAGCCAGCAGCAGGAAGUUCUUCUUCAGCCAGAAGACAUAGAGGCUGAGAAACUGAAGAAAGAGAAGGCCAUAAGAGAACUUGAAAUUUUCUGGAAGUACCUGGAACCAAUCCUGAAUAAUGAGAAACCUGAAACAAAUCUCUUUGAUGUUGCUCGUCUUGAAUACAUGGUCAAGGCAGAUAAUUUUCCUUCUGACUGGGCAGACAACGAGAUGAUGCUGGAAUUGGGUACUGAUAUUUUUGAAAAUAUUGCCUGUUUGAUGUAUGACACCCUGGACUGGAAAAGGCAGCACCAACACUAUUUGGAAAGCAUGCAGCUUAUCAAUGUCCCACAAGUGGUUAAUGAGAAACCUAUCUUGGAAGCCACGUCAAUUACUGAGGCACCACAACCUGUUGCUCCAACCCCAGGCAAGAAGAAAGCACAGAAUGAGGAACCACAAGCGCCCCCAUCAGUGGCUUUUGUCUUAACAACUGAAGUAGACAUGAGAUAUUACAAUGACUUGCUGAAUCCGAUUCCAGAAGAAUUCAUCUCUGUGCCCCUGAUACUGCAUUGUAUGCUGGAACAGGUUGUGGCAACUGAAGAAGACCUUGCCCCGCCCAGUUUGGUGCAGCCGCCUCCUAGAGCAGAUGGGCUGGACCACAGAAUUGCAGCUCACAUUGUGUCCAUCCUGCCCUCUCUCUGUCUCACAGAGAGGGAGAAAAAGAAUCUCCAUGAAAUAUUCUUAUCUGAAGAAGAAAAUGAAAGCAAAGCAGUGCCCAAAGGUCCUCUCCUAUUGGACUAUCAUGAUGCAUAUGCCCACAAGAAAUAUGCUCUAAAGGACCAAAAGAAUUUUGACCCAGUUCAAAUUGAGCAGGAGAUGCAGUCCAAGUUGCCACUGUGGGAAUUCCUUAAAUUCCCUCUGCCCCCGCCAUGGAACAGCACUAAACGUCUAGCUACAAUUCAUGAGCUCAUGCACUUCUGUACGAAUGAAGUCUUAAGCUGGAAUGAAGUAGAACGAGCCUUCAAAGUGUUUACUUUUGAGAGCCUGAAACUCUCUGAGGUUAAUGAAGAAGGAAAGCUAAUGCCUUCUGAGAUAAUGUAUGGGACAGCUUCUGAGAUGUUCAAUAUACCAUGGGACAACCCUGCGAGAUUUGCUAAACAGAUCAGGCAGCAAUACAUCAUGAAAAUGAAUGCCCAAGAGGCCAAACACCAAACAGAUACUGAAACCAAAGACAGAAUUUUAUUUGUGGAUCAGAAUUGGUCAACAUCUGUACAAGAGGAUGAGAUCACUAAAGAACCUUCAGAUGCUCCUCAGUCUGAUUCUAAUAACAUGAAGCAUUCUGACCCAAACAGUAAGGAACCCAUAGACCCUGAUAAUAUACAGCUGUCAGAGAAGGAGACCAGCCUGAAGGCUCAGGUCCAGUCUGGGCCUUCAAAACAGACCACGAACAAUGAGAUCAAAGAUGAAGGAGUCACAAAGGCUGAGCCUCUUGAAAAGAAACCCAAGAAGAUGACUGUGGAAGCCGAGUUAGAGGACAUAAAGAAAACGCAACAACGCAGUCUAAUGGACUGGAGUUUCACUGAACAUUUUAAACCGAAAGUUCUGCUUCAGGUUCUUCAAGAAGCCAACCAGCAAUACAGGUGGAUUGAUUCUUAUUACCAUACCCAGGACAACUCUCUACUUUUAGUGUUUCAUAAUCCAAUGAAUGUACAACGUCUGCAUUGUGAACAUUGGAAUAUUGCUCUUCACUCCAAUGUUGGAUUCAGGAAUUAUUUGGAACUUGUGGCAAAAUCCAUUCAAGAUUGGGUCAUAAAAGAAGAAGCCAUAUAUCAAGAAUCUAAAAUGGCUGAGGAAAUCAAUAGGACAAAGGCUGAGCUGGAACUGAAAUCUGCUGGUGCCAAAAUCACUUCUCCUGGCAAAAUCAAUGCUAUUAAAAAAUCUAAAAGUAACAAAGGAAUGAACAAAUCAGAGAUAACAGAUCAAGAAAAAGAAAAAGAGAAGGAAAAGAUUCCUUUCAUUUUAGAAGGCUCUCUCAAGGCAUGGAAAGAAGAACAAGAUCGAUUAGCAGAAGAAGAGCGCUUAAAGGAAGAAAAAAAAGCAGAAAAGAAGAGUAAGGAAGCUGGUAAAAAGAAAGGCAAGGAAAGGGUAGAGAAAGAAGACAGUAAAGCUUCAAAGAAAAAAUCUCUUUUCAAGGAGAAAUCUAAAGAAGAACAAAUGAAGAUUCCAGAAGUAGCAGAGGAACCCCUCCAGCAACCAGAAGCUGAGAUCACUUAUCCGUUUCAUGGAUAUAAUAUGGGAGACAUACCCAUCCAAAUCUCAGGAACAAAUUCUUAUCUGUAUCCUUCAGAUGGAGGGCAGAUUGAAGUAGAGAAGACAACAUUUGAAAAAGGGCCAACUUUUAUCAAGGUGACAGUGAAAAAGGACAAGCACACUUUUAUAAUUCAUUUAAAAGACCCUAAGGAAAUUGUGAAAAGGGGAAAAAAAGAAGAGGAUUGUUCUUCAGAAGAUGUGAAAGAAAAAAGAGAGGAAGAGCAAAAUCUUGAAACAGGAAAAUCAGAUGCAGAGAAUAAAGUUAUCAGCAAGUUUGGAUCUUUUUCUGCCACCUUAGAAAAUGGGAUCUGCCUCUCAAUAAGUUACUAUGGACCAAGUGGAAUGGCCCCAGAGGAUAAGGAUCCUAAUUUGGAAGCAAUGUUGAGUAUCCCAUCAGCUCUUACUACAACAGUAGUUCCUCUUAUAGUGACUGUUCCUCAAAGCAAAGUGAAAGGAAAAACAAAAGGCAAAGAAAAACCUAAAGAAUCUCUUAAAGAAGAGGAACACCCAAAAGAAGAAGAGAAAAAGGAAGAAGAAGUAGAACCAGAACAUGUUUUGCAAGAAACUCCUUAUGUUCCUACCUUCCAAAACCUAAAUGUGUCUUGCCCCAAUGGACUCCUGGUGACCUUCAUUGGGCAAGAGCCUACAGGUGAGUAUCAGAAUGUUGUAGAUGAGGAACCCACUUGGGACAUCAUGGUCCGGCAGAGCUACCCCCAGAAGGUGAAGCACUAUGAUUUCCACAAAACUGUGAUGCCACCUGUGGAUCAGGAGGCCUCAAGAGUUAUCACAAGGCAAGGCACUGUUGUCAAAUACAUGUUGGAUGGAUCUACACAGGUUCUCUUUGCAGAUGGCGUUGUGAGCAAUAGUCCUGAUUCAGGUCCUGUUUCUCCUCCUGUUGAAAUGCCACCAAGUCCUCAUAGUGGAGACUUGAUGGACACAGUUUCUCAGCAAAAGUCAGAAACAGCACCGUCUGAAAUUAUCAUUCCAAAGAAAGGAAAAAGUCACAAAAAUCAGUCGUCAAUGGCACAUAAGAAUGAAAGCCAUGAACCUCACCCAGAGACAGUUCAAAGAGUAACUCCUGUGGAGGUUCAUGUAGGCACCUGGUUUACAACCACACCAGAAGGAAAUCGGAUUGGCACCAAAGGAUUAGAAAGAAUAACAGACAUGACCCCAUUAUUAUCCUUCAAGGCCACAGAUCCUGUCAAUGGAACGGUCAUGACAACUCGAGAAGACAGAGUGGUCAUUGUGGAAAGAAAAGAUGGUACUCGGAUAGUGGAUCAUGCUGAUGGUACCCGAAUCACAACCUUUUAUCAAGUUUAUGAAGAUCAUAUUACUCCUCCAGAAGAUAAUAAAAUAACUGAGAGUCCUCAAACUGUCACCAGGCAGGUGAAGUGCAUGCGGAUAGAAAACUCACACUAUGCCACUAUCAUCACCAACUGCGAGGACAGUAGCUGCUCUGCCACCUUUGGGGAUGGGACGUCUAUUAUUGCAAAGCCACAGGGAACAUACCAGGUGUUACCUCCAAACACAGGCUGCCUCCACAUUGAUAGGGAUUGCUCAGCUAUAUAUUGCCAUGAAUUAAGCAGUGAUAUAUACCAUCCUUUCCAAAAACGUGAGCAGCUAAGAGCUAGCAGGUACAUCAUGAAGCACACAUCAGAGGUUAUCUGUGAGGUCCUGGAUCCUGAGGGAAAUACCUUUCAGGUUAUGGCUGAUGGUAGCAUAUCAACUAUGGCACCCAAAAACAAUGUGGAGGAGGAUUUAAGUGAAAAAGCUGAAGGUUAUGAUAAUUUAUCAUCUACUCACCUUCAUAAGAAUCAUCUCCUAAUCUAUGGUGAACACGUGCCUAGGUUUUUUGUCAUUUAUGCUGAUGGAUCAGGAGUGGAACUUCUUCGUGACAGUGACAUAGAAGAAUAUCUAUCCUUGGCAUAUGGAGAAUCAUCUACUGUCGUUCUCCAGGAGCCAGUCCAGGAACAGCCAGGUACCCUGAGCAUCACUGUCCUUCGCCCUUUUCAUGAAGCAUCACCAUGGCUAAUGAAGAAAGAAUUAGAUACAAUUGUUCCUCCUAAUCUCCAGUCAAGGUCAUGGGAGACAUUCCCCUCCAUUGAGAAAAAAACUCCUGGACCUCCACUUGGCACUCAAAUUUGGAAGGGCCUUGACGUUGGGUCCAAACAGCUAGUAAGUGCCCCAGCCCCUAUACGCAAGAGUCCCAAGGUGCUACAGAUGCGCCAGUUCAUCCAGCAUGAGGUCAUAAAGGAUGAGGUGAAAUUGAAGUUGCAGAUUUCUCUUAAGGAUUAUAUAAACCAUAUUCUAAAGAAAGAAGACAAGCUGCAGGAAAUGACUGUUAAAGAUUCCAGAACCGAGGAGGAGAGGGGCAAUGCUGCAGAUCUCCUCAAGCUAGUUAUGUCAUUCCCUAAAAUGGAACAAACUACGAAAAGUCAUGUAACUGAAGUUGCAGCCCAUCUAUCCGAUUUAUUCAAGGAGUCUUUGCCUGCUGCUCCAGAACGUUUGCCAGAAACAUUGGAUUCAGAUUUCUUUGAAAAGAAAUGGAGGUACACAAUAAAAGCAAUGCACUGGAAAAAAAAGUUGGAACAAAAGAGGAAAGAAAUUGAAAACACAAAAAAAUACCUAACGGAAAUUAGAAACAAAGUAAUAUCACCCUACUUCAAAUCUGAAUUGAGCAAGUGCUAUCAGUCUCAGUUUAAUUAUCUGGACACCCUUUCUAAAAACCUGCCUCCUUUUACAAAGAGGGAGGAAGACACAAACAAAACAACUCCUAAGAAGAUAGCUGAUCUUCCUCCAGAUGGCCAGCCAGAUUCAGAGGAGGAAUCCCCACAGUCCCCACGGCAUCUUCUGAAACUGAAGAAUUUUGAGGAUAUCAAGGAGUCUGCUGGCCAGAACCAAACUGAACAUUUAGAAAAACCUACCGAAGACCCAGAAUCCUGUGUGCCUGUGAAAAUUCCAACCCAGUCACUGCUGCAGGAUGUCGCAGGACAAGCAAGGAAAGAGAAAGUGAGGUUGCCGCACUACUUGCUGAGUUCCAAGCCCAAGUCUCAACCUCUCACAAAGGUGCAAGAUUCGGUUGGAGGAAGAGUGAAAACAUCCUCUGUUGCAUGCGCUGCCAUUAAUAACAAGACUUCAUCCCCUUUUGGAUUCCAUCUUCUCCCACCAUCAGUGAAUUUUGGAGUGUUGGAAGAGGGACACACCUAUGCCACCACCGUGAAGCUCAAGAACGUGGGAGUGGACUUCUGCAGGUUUAGGGUGAAGCAGCCCCCACCCAGCACAGGACUCAAAGUGACUUACAAACCUGGGCCUGUGGCAGCUGGUUUGCAGACUGAACUCAAGGUGGAGUUAUUUGCCAUGGCCGUUGGAGAGGAUGGGACCAAGGGAUUAACACACAUCUCACACAAUAUUGAGAUAAUGACUGAGCAUGAUAUUCUGUUCUUACCUGUGGAAGCAACAGUUUUAACAGGUAGCAAUUAUGAUAACAGACCAAAAGAUUUUCCUCAGGGAAAAGAAAAUCCCAUGGUCCACAGGACUUCUACGAUUUCUUCCUCUACACUUGGAGUCUUCAUGUCCCGUAAAAUUUCUCAACGUUAAAUCCAUCUCCUCUCGAUAUAGCUCGAU